AGUGCUUCUCAGCUGCCCUAUGGCAAAGCUCUCUACACGUAUGAGGGGAAGGAGCCUGGAGACCUCAAGUUUAACAAGGGGGACAUCAUCAUCCUGCGACGCAAGGUGGAUGAGAACUGGUACCACGGGGAGCUCAAUGGAAACCACGGCUUCUUCCCCGCCAGCUACAUCCAGUGUAUCAAGCCUCUCCCGCAAGCUCCACCUCAGGGCAAAGCACUUUACGACUUUGAGAUAAAGGAUAAAGAUCAAGAUAAGGACUGCUUGACUUUCACCAAGGAUGAAAUUUUAACUGUCAUCAGGAGGGUAGAUGAUAACUGGGCAGAAGGAAUGCUGGGAGACAAGAUUGGCAUUUUCCCUAUCCUCUAUGUUGAGCUCAACGAAUCAGCUAAACAGCUUAUUGAGAUGGACAAGACAUGCUUAGCUGCUGCAUCUGGCUGUGAUGUCCCCUUGCCAUCUGACACCGCCCUGGCAGUCACUUUGGCGCAGUGCUCUACCUUAAACAGUACAGGAGCAGUCAGUGCCAUCCAGAGGCACAUUGAGGGCAAGAAGAAUGCCAAGAAACGCCACUCCUUCACUGCUCUCAGUAUGACACACAAAUCCUCCCAGGCCAUGAGUAACAGGCACUCCAUGGAGAUUAGCGCUCCCGUUUUGAUCAGCUCGAGCGACCCACGAGCUGCUGCCCGAAUCGGAGAGUUGACUCAUCUUUCAUCCAGUGCUCCAGCCCAGGAUUCCUCUUCAGCUGGAACAGCCACGGUGGCUGGUCCCAGGACAAGUGCAAUAAUUGGAGAUCAAGGAACACCACCGAAGGUCCAGCUCCCCCUCAAUAUCUACCUAGCUCUGUACGCCUACAAGCCUCAGAAGAACGAUGAGCUGGAGCUCCGCAAAGGGGAGAUGUACCGGGUCAUUGAGAAGUGUCAGGAUGGCUGGUUCAAAGGCACCUCUCUGAGAAGUGGCAUGUCCGGAGUCUUCCCAGGCAACUAUGUGACCCCCGUUUCCAGAGUGCCAGCGGGGGCUGGGCAGCCCCGCAACGGCGGCGCCGGGGGAGCUGCGAAAGGGGCCCCGGGAGCCGUCCACGCUGGAGGGCCGAGUCACACCAGCGCCGCCACGGCCGCCAGGCCCGCGGUCCCUCUCCCCGCGCCCCAGGCGCAUCCGCAGCUCCAGGCAGCCUCUCCUCAGCUGGGCAACUGCUUGAGGUACUCGGCGCCCGCCAGCCAGCCGCGCAGCGCCAUGCAGAUGGGUACGUACGAGCGCCGCGGGCGCCGCGUGGCCGUGGGGUUGACGUUGCGUCCCUGCAGCGCCAGCCUCUGGGGUCCGCCAGCCCCCGCGGCUUUCGCUGCUCUCCCGCUUUAG